UGGUGACUGAGUACGCAGGCGUGAGUUCGGCCGUGGGGGCGUGGCUUUGUGCCCGUUGGCUGUGUUGAGAACGCUGCGCCUGCGCAGAGAAUCAAGCGGUUGCCUUCUGAGGGCUGAAGCGUAUAUCAGUACCAGGUUCAGACUUCGUGGGAGGCUUUAAGAGAUAUAAAACAAUGCAGGCUUUGUCCUGAAGAUUAUCCAAACAAGAAAAGGGAACAUGCCUUCUCAAAUAGGAGACCUUCCUGGCCUAUGAUGAAACUUUGGGCCUGACUCUGGCAUGCACAGCCUUGUUCUACUCUGCCCUCUCUGUUCUGAUCCUUGUGGAGUUUGUGUGGCACCAAAACACUCCCAUAGUCAAGGCCAGCAACCAGACUCUGAGCUACGCCCUCCUUGUCUCCCUCACACUCUGCUUUCUCUCUUCCUCGCUCUUCAUCGGCCACCCCAGCCCUGCCACCUGCCUUCUCUCACGGACCACCUUUGCAGCUGUGUUCACAGUGGCUGUGUUUUCUGCAGGGCCUUCCAGGCUAUAAGGCCAGAAAGCAGGAUCCGAAAGUGGAUGGGUCCCCAAAAAACACAUUCUGUUGUCUUCCUUUGCUCCGUUACCCAAGUGACCCUCUGUGGAAUCUGGCUGGGGACAGAGCCUCCCUUCGUAAACAAGGACCCUCAGUUCAUGCCUGGCUACAUCAUUAUCCAGUGUAAUGAGGGCUCCGUCACUGCCUUCUACUCUGUCUUGGGCUACUUGGGCUUCUUGGUUUUAGGGUCCCUUGCUGUAGCCUUUCUGGCAAGGAACCUGCCUGAUGCCUUCAACGAAGCCAAGUUCCUGACCUUCAGCAUGCUGGUGUCCUGCAGUGUCUGGGUGGCCUUCCUCCCAAGUUACUAAAGCACCCAGAGCAAGGCCAGAGUGGCCGUGAGAUCUUCUCCAUCGUGGGCUCCAGCACUGGGUUACUUGGCUGCAUCUUUGCUCCCAAGUGCUAUGUGAUCCUCCUUCAUCUAGAGAGGAACACUAUUCAAUGUUUAAAGAAGCCUAGUCCAGGCAUGGUGGCUCACACCUGUAAUCCCAGCACUCUGGAGGCCAAGGCGGCUGGAUCGCUUGAGCCCAGGAGUUCGACACCAGCCUGGGCAAUGUGGCAAAACCCCAUCUCUACAAAAUAUACAGAAAUUAGCUGCAGGUGGUGGCAUGCGCCUGUAGUCCCAGCUACUCAGGUGGCGGAGGUGGGAGGAUUGCUUAAGCCCAGGAGGUCAAGGCUACAGUGAGCCAAGAUCACACCACUGCACUCUAGCCUGGAAAACAGAGCAUGACUCUGUCUAAAUAAAUAAAUAAGAAGCCUGAGAAACCAAAAACAGACCAAACAAUAAACAGGCUGAGAAGAGGAACGGUAAUGAUCAUUAGCGGCAGAGAAUUUGUAACCUGAUUGUGGAAAGCACAUCUGAAAACAAAGAUUGAAUGAACUAUUUGAAAAAAAUGGCAAUGAAAGAUAGAAAAUUUAUAGAGGCAAAACCUGAAUAUCCAGUGAAUAAUAAAAAGAUUCUGGCUGGCUCAAAGGUAGUGAGUUCUACCAAUGUAUUGUCCACAGUCAGUUACAGACCAAAUUCCUUGUUCUACUCUUUCCCCCGUCCUCACUAAUGCACUUGACUAGUCUUUAACGAAGAAAAAAAAAAAAAGAUGCUAAGCCUGAUAGUCAAAAAUUCAAAUUAAAAAAACCAUAAAAUAGUUAAUUACUUCUCACUACAAUGGCAAAAAUUACAAAUCUGGAAUCAGUAAGUGUUGAUUGGGAUGUGCAGCACAAAAAGGGCAUUGGGUAGGGUGAGGUCUGUGAAGAUGACGGAACUACUGACCGGGAUUUUAGCACCGAAAUCAACCUCAAAGUUCAAUU